AUGGAACGAAUAGAGCAGUUGAUCACGGAUAAUCUGAAAAGACGCAAUGGUUCGCUAUGCUCUUCGACCCCGAGUCACAGACUGAAACUCACCUUUCUAGGCGAAAAUGAAGGGCCGUCGCAUACGACUCUCCCCAAGCCAAUAACCAAACCUAACGAUGACGGGCGUCCUGGUCCAGUCGAAGCCGAAUCUCCCAGUUUCGAAAAUGUUGGACGAAUCUACUGCGCCGGCUAUAAGCUCGGGGAUAUCAACAUGUUCCAUGGAGUCCCUUUCCUCUCGCGCGAGGGUCAGAAAUGGAUAGGUUUUCGGGCCGAUGAAAACGACGUUCCUAUUGGCAAACAUGAGGCCAAGGGACCACUUUGGCAAAACCGACGACCGGCCUGGCCCAGGGCAAGUCGGCCGAGAACUGUGGCGGAUGGAAGAAUCCAAGACUUGCCGCCUCGAGCGGUGGUGGAGAAAUACCUAGAUCUGUAUCACCGGUCCGAGGCCUCUCAUGCCUUUCCACUUGCAGAUCCAGUCUUAUUUCCGCAGACCCUCGACAAGGCUUACGAUGCCAAUCUGACCGGCAGUCUCGACGCUCUUUCAGCCAAAGCAUGCAUUGUUUCGUUCUUCGCCCUUGCAGCAUCCCUGCUCGGCGAUGCGGCCACCGAGUCACAGUUGCCUCCUGUGGACAUAUUGGACGGUGGUAGUUCGGCGGAACUCCUCUUUCUUGACAUCUUGAACGCCCGUGCCAGUACCGAAGCGGUGGAUGCACUUAUGAUGCAGGCUGUCUAUCAAUUUACUUGUGGACAUUUCCAACCUCUGGAUAUCACCCUGUCGACGGCAUCGCGGUUCUUGUUCAUGUUGGGUGCCCACCUCUACCCUGGUGAAGAGUUGGAUCUUCUUCCUUCAGAGCCACAGAGCAUCGAAACCAGGACGAUCCUCCAUCGACGAGACCUCUUCUGGGUCUGUUACAGUCUAGACAGAGAGAUCACCUUCCGCACCGGACGGCCACCCAUCAUCAACGACACCUCAUGUGACCUGACAUUUCCCAAAUGGUACCUGAAACAAAGGGCCGCCGAUUUCGAUGGCAACCUGCGCUUCCCUGGCGAUCUAGGCUUGAGUUUGAUCAAGUCAAAAGCAUACGAAAAGCUAUAUUCCCCACAUUCCCUGCAGAAAUCCGACGCCGAAAUUCUGAGAGACAUUCGUGAGCUGGACGAAUUGUUGGAGAACUGGAGACAAUCGCACCCAGCAGAAUCCCGGCCCAAGCUCUCAUUCUCGCUGGAAACUCAGGACUCGCUGUGUUUCGAAAACAUGAGUGUUCGCUACUUUCUCCUGCAACUGGAAUACUAUCAUUGCAUGACGACCAUCCACCAGGCCAGCAGUCGCUGCAAGAACUGGGCUCACAACCACAGAGUACAUGAAGGUCUUAGUUCCAGUCUUGACCUUGCUUUAGAGUCCAGUCGCUCUUUACUUUCGUUUCUUCACGCUGCCGAUCCGGUCUUGGUCAAAAUCCCAAACAUCUUCUGGGUCGUGCUCUUCUAUCCCGUGUCGGCAACGUUGGUUUUAUUCUGCAACAUCCUCCUCAACCCUUCGAGUGCAAGCGCGGCCUCGGACGCCCUUCUUCUCCGAAAUUGUCGGGAUCAUAUCACCACACAGUUCUAUCCCCAUUCCGGUCUUUCCGAGACCCAGUCGCUUCACCUGCAGAGCGUGUAUGAUUUUUCUGCAGAAGUGAUCAGGUCUGCCGAAAGCCUCAUCACGCAGAGUCCUGCAGCAGGAUGA